AUGGAGGAGGCCACGGCGGUGAGCAUCGGCAGGUCCGCGCUGGACGGAGCGCUCCGGUACGCCAAGUCCGCCACGGCGGAGGCGGCGGCCCAGCAGCUCGGAGUCCAGCGCGAGAAGGCCUUCGUCACGGGCGAGCUGGAGAUGAUGCAGUCCGUCAUCCUGGCGGAACGGCCUCGGGAGGACGAGGUGGCCACGACGUGGGCGAGGCAGGUCCGCGACGUCGCCUACGACGUCGAGGACGGCCUCCGGGACAUCGUCCUCCGCGUCCACGGCCAGCCCUGGUGGCGCGGCCUCCUCGACCGCCGCCGUGUCGCCGAUGACAUGAAGGAGCUUCGCGCCAGGGUGGAGGACGUCGGCAUGAGGAGCGUUCGCUACCGCCUUGUCGAUUGCACCUCCCGUGUUUCUGACAUCCCCGUCGACACUGAUGCUGCCAUGUUCGGCAGUUCUCAAGAUGCAACAUAUUCAUCCAAGGAAGUGUGUAGCUCAAUUCUACCCUACACUACUGAGAAUGAGAUACAAGAAGGCCAAUCUAUUGCACAUGUUGAUGGAAUGAACAUGGUCCAAGAGAGGCUCAAGCACACCAACAAUCUUGGAGGUCUUACUGAACUGAAGCUUAUUGGACGAGAGAAAGAGAAAUCUGAUAUUACUGAACUGAUUCUAGAGCACUCCAGCACCCAACAAUUCCAAGUCAUUGCACUGUGGGGAAUGGAUGGUGUUGGAAAAACUAGUGUGAUCAGAGAUAUUUACAAGGGACGAGAGGUCAAUCACAUCUUUGGAGAACAAGCUUUUGUCACGGUCUUACGACCUUUCAAGCUUGAGAAUAUCCUUAGGAGCUUAGCAUUUCAGCUGUACGCAAUGAAGGGCUCCAUGGAUUUCAUAGAUGAUUCCAAUACAGAUAUUGCUUUAAUGGGAGUUGAAGACUUGACCGACGUGUUGCUCAUGAUGCGUUCACAAGAAAAGAGCUGCUUGAUUGUUCUUGACGGCCUCUCUUCUACCAUGGAAUGGGACGAAAUAUUGCCCACCUUCCUUGCAAUGAGAAAUCCAAGAUUGGUCAUUGUGAUCACCACAAGGCAGGAGGAUAUUGCUAAGCAUUGUUGCAGAAAACCAGAGUGUAUACGCUUCCUCAACGGUCUAGAAGAAGAGGAUGCAUGUAACCUCUUCACAGAAAAGGUAUUCAAGAAUAAGACUACAGAUUUGGCUAUGCACUAUCCUGAGUUGGUUCAAGCCUCAAAACUGAUCCUAGACAAAUGCAAUGGAGUUCCCCUUGCAAUAGUCACCAUAGGUGGCUUCUUGGCAGAACAACCAACAAAAAGUGUCAUGGAAUGGAUAAAGUUGAUUGAGCAUAUCAGUGUUGAGAUGGUGAUGGAUCCAAAAGUUGAGGCCGUCAAAACAGUCCUUUUGAAAAGUUAUGAUGGCCUACCCUAUUAUCUCAAGUCUUGUUUCUUGUAUAUGUCCAUCUUCUUUGAAGGCCGCACGCUUAGCCAAAGGCGUUUGGUGCACCGAUGGACUGCAGAAGGUUACUCGCAGGAUACAUCCAUAGCAGAUAUGUACUUCAUGGAGCUUGUUGGAAGAGGCAUGAUAUUAGCAAAUCAGACUUCACUUUGCAGCAUACAAGGAGCUGACUCAUGUCAGCUACAUGAUCUGAUCCGUGAUAUCUGCAUGGCAAAGGCAAUGGAGGAAAAUCUUGUUUUCAGGCUGGAGGAAGGGUGCAGCUUAAACACUCAGGGUGCCGUGUGUCACCUUGCCAUAAGCAGAAAUUGGGAUGGAGAUGAGAGUCAGCUAGAGACUACCGUGGAUCUAUCCCAUAUACGAUCAUUGACGGUGUUUGGCAAGUGGAGGUCAUUUUACAUUUCUGCCAAGAUGAGGUUUCUUCGUGUACUGGACCUAGAAGGAGCAAAAGGUCUAGCCGGACAUCACCUUGAGCACAUCGGAGAGCAUCUUCAUCUGAGAUACAUUUCUCUAAGAGGGUGUGAUGGAGUCUAUUACCUCCCAGAUUCAGUGGGUUGCCUGAAACAACUCGAGACACUAGAUAUCAAAUACACAGGAAUAUUGAAACUACCCAAAACCAUUAACAAGCUCACCAAGCUCUGUUAUCUGAAAGCUGGAAAUGAAUUCUUUGUCGGAGAAGAACAGUUGAUACUAUCAUGUUGUGCACCUUUGGCUUGUUGCACGACGGGACCCGUACGAGCUUAUGCUGUCAAGGUGCCAGUUGGGAUUGGGAAACUAAAAUCCCUGCACACCCUGCGAUCGGUGCACCUUGAAUGGGAAAAUGUCAUCAUAGAGGAGAUAAAAUGUCUCACUAGCCUGCGCAAGUUGGGAGUGUUUGGCAUCGACAGGGGUAAUAGCCUGGAGUUCUGCUGGGCCCUUUCAGGUCUCUGCAGCCUUGAAUCUCUUUCAGUGCAUUCAUCAGAAAGAGAUCUAUAUGACUGCUUGCAAGGCAUAGUAGUCUCACCUCCAGAAAAGCUCCGGACCCUCAAGCUGCACGGCUGGCUGAGAAAAUUGCCAAAAUGGAUCAUGGUGCUCCAGAAUCUGGUGAAGAUAAAGCUAGAGUACACCGAAGUGUCGGGAAACGUUCGAGCAAUGCAAGCCCUUGGGAACCUGCCAAACUUGUCCAUUCUGAAAUUGAAGGAGAGUGCAUUUCAGAACGAAGAACCUAUCACUUUCCAGAGUGGACUCUUCAGAAGCCUAUUGGUGCUCGAGCUUGUUUACCUGGAAGUGGAAGUGGAAUCAUUGGUGUUCGAGGAAACGUCAAUGCCAAAGCUUGAGGUGCUGAGCCUACGACUUGCUGACUGUAAAACAAGCUUUUCUGGGCUGGAAUUUCUCCCAAGCAUCAAAGAAGUACAACUUUGUGUCCUGGUUAACCCAAUGCUUUUUGCAAUGGAGGAAAGCAUGACUGAAGAAGCAGAAAUGGAAGCAGAACGCAGGGAAGACAAAGUCAAGGAGGAUAUUAGGAAUCAGCUCAUUAGCAAUAAGAAUAGCCCCAUUCUGAAGUUUGUCAUUACUGUUGUGUCUUCCUGA